UGGCGCUUUGAACUCGGCGCGGGCGGCGGUGCGGGCCGGGGUCCGGGGCGGGAGUCGGGGUCCGGUCGCGGCCGCGCGCAGGCCGGGACCGGGCUGCGGGCAGCAGUAGCCGCGAGCGGGCCGCCGGCGCUCCCGGGCGUCCGCGGCGCGGGCCAUGGCGGCGGAGGCGCGCGUGUCGCGCUGGUACUUCGGGGGACUGGCCUCCUGCGGGGCCGCCUGCUGCACGCACCCGUUAGACCUGCUCAAGGUGCACCUGCAGACGCAGCAGCAGGUGAAGCUGCGCAUGACGGGCAUGGCGCUGCAGGUGGUGCGCUCCGACGGCGUGCUGGCGCUCUACAACGGCCUCAGCGCCUCCCUGUGCCGGCAGAUGACCUACUCCCUGACUCGGUUCGCCAUCUAUGAGACCGUGCGGGACCACGUGAGCAAGGGCAGCGAGGGGCCCCUGCCCUUCUACAAGAAGGUGUUGCUGGGCGCCAUCAGUGGUUGCAUUGGCGGCUUCGUGGGGACGCCCGCGGAUAUGGUCAACGUCAGGAUGCAGAACGACAUGAAGCUGCCCCCGAGUCAGCGCCGCAACUACGCCCACGCUGUGGACGGCUUGUACCGCGUGGCCCGGGAAGAGGGUCUGAAGAAGCUGUUCUCGGGCGCCAGCAUGGCAUCCAGUCGAGGGAUGCUAGUCACCGUGGGCCAGCUGUCCUGCUACGACCAGGCCAAGCAGCUGGUGCUCAGCACCGGGCACCUGCCUGACGGUGUCCUCACUCACCUUGUCGCCAGCUUCAUCGCGGGUGGGUGUGCCACGAUCCUGUGCCAGCCCCUGGACGUCCUGAAGACGCGUCUCAUGAAUGCCAAGGGCGAGUAUCAGGGUGUUCUCCAUUGCGCAGUAGAGACAGCCAAGCUGGGGCCGCUGGCCUUCUACAAGGGCCUCCUGCCUGCCGGCAUCCGCCUCAUGCCGCACACGGUGCUGACGUUUGUGUUCCUGGAGCAGCUCCGCAAGCACUUCGGCAUCAAAGUGCUUUCCUGAUGGGCGGGGGAAGGGGCGACCCCGCACCCAGGAGGGUUGAUGGGCUGAGCGCCGCCCGUGUGCCCAGGCCUCCGUCCUCCCGGGUCCCCCACCCUGGCCUUCCCCCAUGGGCUCCAGCCGCACCCAGCCUACCUGGGCCGGAGAUCCUUCCAGUACCUUCCGUCCCCUCCACUUCCUGCCUGCCCACCCCAGGCUCUCCCUCCCUGGCAUUCCAGGGGACC